AUGUUUUCCGGCACGGGGAGUACGACGGCGCCGGCGGAAUGAACCAGAAAGAUUUGGAUGAGUUUAGCUUUGGGAACAAAUCCGCCGUGAACGGCGGAGCAUUUGACGGCGGCGGUCCUGUUCUAUCCAAGCUCGGGUCGAGCUCCACCGCUGAACUUCACCCGAAAACUGGCGACGACAUAGCGGAGUCCAAGCCGACCAUUAUGCCACCGGCGAGUGUGAUGACAAGGUUGAUUCUGAUCAUGGUUUGGAGGAAAUUGAUCAGAAAUCCAAAUACGUAUUCUAGCUUGAUCGGCCUAGCUUGGUCUUUGAUCUCAUUCAAGUGGAACAUUGUGAUGCCAGCCAUUGUUGCUCGAUCGAUCGCCAUUUUAUCCGAUGCCGGGCUCGGGAUGGCAAUGUUUAGCCUUGGGUUGUUCAUGGCCUUGCAGCCUAAGAUCAUUGCUUGUGGAAACACGGUUGCUUCCUUCGCCAUGGCGGUUCGGUUCAUCACUGGUCCGGCCGUGAUGGUGGCUGCCUCCGUAGCUGUUGGGCUCCGAGGAGUUCUCUUGCACAUUGCCAUAGUUCAGGCUGCCCUGCCUCAAGGGAUUGUCCCUUUUGUGUUUGCCAACGAAUACAACGUCCAUCCCGACAUUUUGAGCACUGGAGUCAUAUUCGGGAUGCUGAUUGCUCUACCGAUAACUUUGGUUUAUUACAUCUUGCUCGGACUUUGAAGCUUUGCAAAUCUGUCAUUUUCUCUAACCUAAAAACAAAAAGAUUUUGUUGUAAUGUUUUUGUCCUUUAUUUUUUGUGCUCUCUCUAUUUCUUUUGUUCUUUUGAUGGAGAAAGUAAAUUAAAGCUUUUUCAUAUUCUCUCUUAAUAAAUAAAUAAAAAUAAUAAGU